AUGGCCGAGACCAGCGGUCAGAAAGCCUCCCAGCGCGGACCUCGGAGUCGUCGUGUUGUUAGCGUUGUCGGCACCGCGCUGCGGCGAGACAGUAUCCCCGCGAAGCGCAGAGCGCCCCCUCCGGCCGCCGCGCCCCCGGACGUCCCGCGCCCGCGCGCCUCGAAGCUCGCCAAGGAGCACAACAUCUCGGCCCACGAGGAGCGCGAGAUCCGCGAGGCCUUUUCCCUCUUCGCCGAGCCCAUGAAGGGGUACUCCAAGGAAGGCGUCAUCCCGACGGCGGACGUGCGGUCGUGCCUCGUCGCGCUGGGCAUCCCGCCCGCGUCGCGCCAGGAGCAGGCCGAGUUCGUCGAGAUCCUCGACCCCGAGGGCGAAGGGUUCGUCGCGUACGAGCCCUUCUUCGCCAUCUGUGCGCUCAAGUACCAUCAGAGAGAACAGGGCGGCGCCGGCGCCCGCGACGAGAGGCGGCGCGAGGUCGACGAGGCCUUUGGGCUGUUCACCGGCGCCGGGGGCGGUGGCGGCGCCGCCGCCGCGGGCCCAAGGGACGUCAUCACGAUGGCCGACCUGAAGAGGGUCGCGGGCGUGCUGAGGGAGGACGUCAAGGACGAGGUGCUGCGGGACAUGAUCCUCGAGGCCAAUGGCGGCGCCGGGGUCGGCAAGGGGGUUAGGAAGGACGAGUUUGAGGAGGUUAUGCGCCGCGCCGGGGUCUGGCGGUGA